AUGGUUCUUGUUUUGAUCAUCUCUAUGAUCAUUGCCUUAGCCAUCAAGGAUUGGAUCUCGGGUGGAGUCAUCGCUUUUGUUGUGUUCAUCAAUGUGUUUGUUGGUUUCAUUCAAGAAGUCAAAGCCGAAAAGACCAUGGGCUCGUUGAGAUCGUUGAGUUCGCCAACAGCCGUGGUAAUUAGAGAUGGGUCUACUCACGAGAUCAACGCUGAAGAUUUGGUUCCUGGUGACAUCGUGUUCAUCAAGGUUGGUGAUACUAUACCUGCUGACUUAAGAUUGUUUGAUGGAAUGAACUUGGAAACAGACGAAGCUCUUCUUACUGGUGAAUCCUUGCCCGUAAGUAAAGAUCCUUCUGAAGUCUAUGAUGACGACGAGCCUAUCCCUGUAGGUGACCGUUUGAACAUGGCUUACUCAUCAUCGGUGGUUACCAAAGGCAGAGGAACCGGAGUAGUUGUGGCUACUGGUCUUCACACCGAGAUUGGUAAAAUCGCCGACUCGUUGAAAAAUGCUGAUGAUAAGGUCUUCAUCAAGAUGGGUGAAGGCGUGAGUUUCUUCCAGGCUUCAUGGCGUACUACUAUUAACAUUAUCAUGAACGUUUUGGGUGUUAAUGUCGGAACUCCUUUACAGAGGAAAUUGUCCUGGUUGGCCAUCAUCUUGUUUUGGGUUGCAGUGUUGUUUGCAAUUGUGGUCAUGGCUACUCAGAAGAUGAACGUUACUAAAUCGGUCGCCAUCUAUGCCAUCUGCGUGGCGUUAUCUAUGAUUCCUUCGUCUUUGGUUGUCGUGUUAACAAUCACCAUGGCAAUUGGAGCCCAGGUGAUGGUCACCAAGAACGUCAUUGUUCGUAAGUUGGACUCUCUUGAGGCUUUGGGUGGCAUCGACGAUAUCUGUUCGGACAAAACAGGAACCUUGACUAUGGGUAAAAUGAUUGCCCGGAAACUUUGGAUUCCAAAUGUGGGUACUUAUUCAGUUACCAACUCCCCUGAUGUUUACAAUCCUACUGUGGGAGAUGUUCUGUUCUCUACGGAAUCCCCUCAAGAAAUGGCUGACAGUGACGAGGAGCCAAAAUACUCUUCCAACCUCCCUCAGCCUCCUUCCACGUUGUUCUCUAAAUGGAUUGAAUGUGGUGUUUUGGCCAACAUUUCAAAGAUUUAUACCAAGAAGAAGGAGUUGGAUGAGGUGUGGGAAGCUCAAGGUGACGCAACCGAAAUCGCUAUCAAUGUGUUUUGUACCCGUAUGGGAUUUGUUCGUGACGAUUAUAUCUCUAAGAACUCGUUGGAACAUUUUGGCGAGUUUCCAUUUGACUCUAGUGUCAAGAGAAUGUCAAGCAUUUAUGGACGGGAUAAGGCAAGUGCGACUGUCUAUACCAAAGGUGCAGUGGAGAGAAUCUUGGAUAUUUGUACCACUUAUUUCGAUGAGAAGGGAAACAAAGUCUCCUUGACUGAUAAGGACAGACAUAGAAUCGAGCUCAACAUGAACAACUUGUCAAGUGAAGGCUUGCGUGUGUUGGCUUUUGCUCGUAAAGACAUCAAUUGCGGAAAGGAGGACUACGAAAACCGUGAAAAGGUCGAGACUGGCUUGUCCUUUUUGGGUCUUAUUGGUAUUUAUGACCCUCCAAGACCAGAGACCCGUGGUUCUGUGAAGUUGUGUCACAAAGCAGGCAUCAAUGUUCAUAUGUUGACAGGUGACAUGUUGGGUACUGCUAGAGCUAUUGCUCAAGAAGUGGGUAUUUUACCUCACAAUUUGUUCCACUACAGCGAGGAUGUCGUAAAAGCCAUGUGUAUGACUGCAAAUGAAUUCGAUUCUUUGAGCGAUGACGAGAUUGAUGCCUUGCCUGUCUUGCCAUUAGUGAUUGCUCGUUGCGCGCCUCAGACAAAGGUUAGAAUGAUUGAUGCCUUGCAUCGUCGUGGAAAAUUCUGUGCUAUGACCGGUGAUGGUGUCAAUGAUUCUCCAUCAUUGAAGAAGGCUGACGUUGGUAUUGCUAUGGGCCUUAACGGAUCUGACGUUGCUAAGGAUGCAUCUGAUAUUGUGUUGACCGAUGACAACUUUGCUUCCAUCUUGAAUGCCAUUGAGGAGGGAAGAAGAAUGUCGUCAAAUAUCCAGAAGUUUGUGUUGCAAUUGCUUGCUGAAAAUGUCGCUCAGGCAUUGUAUUUGCUUAUUGGUUUGGCUUUCAUUGAUGAAAACGGUUUCUCUGUCUUUCCUUUGGCACCAGUGGAAGUUUUGUGGAUUAUCGUGGUGACUUCUUGUUUCCCAGCUAUGGGCUUGGGUCAAGAAAAGGCUAGUGAUGAUAUUUUGGACUUACCCCCAAACAGCAGAAUCUUUACGAGGGAAAUGAUCGUCGACAUGUUUGUAUAUGGUUUCUGGAUGGCUGUUUGCUGUUUGAUGGUGUUCGUUAUCAUCGUGUUUGGUAAAGGUGAUGGCUACUUGGGUAUUAACUGUAACGAAGGCUCUGGCACUGGAUGUAAAUUGGUCUUUCAAGGUCGUUCAGGUGCCUUUGCUGCGUUCACUUGGUGUGCUCUUUUGUUGGCAUGGGAAUGUCUUCACAUGAGGCUUUCUUUUUUCAGAAUGAGACCCGAGUCCGAGUAUCCUUGGUACCAAUCAUUGGCUAAAGAUCUCUGGGACAACAAGUUUUUGCUCUGGUCCAUUUUGGGUGCAUUUGUUUCUGUUUUCCCAGUUAUCUACAUUCCUGUCAUUAACGACAAGGUGUUCUUACAUGGUCCUAUUGGUUACGAGUGGGGUCUUGCUGUGGCAUUCACAAUAGUUUUCUUUGCUGGAUGUGAAGCCUGGAAAUGGGUAAAGAGAAUCUACCUUAGAAAGGCGGAAGUUAAGAACCCCGAAUACGAGUUGGAGAGGAGCGACCCAUUCCAGAAGUACGCUUCGUUCUCCAAAUCCAAUACCAUGGAUGUUUAG